AUGGAGUCUUUAGGCUCCACCUUAAUGGCGACUUAUGCCCACCCGAGGCCAACCACCACCAACACCCUGCCCUCCAUCAGCACCCUGACGUCCAGCUACAGGAACCGCUUCCCCCACUCCAACUUUACCCACUCCUUGAGCCUUCCUUGGAGACCGAGCACAUACUACCGAGUAGCCUCCAACUCGCCGGGCUUGGCCCCGUACUGCACCAGAUCCCAGAGGGUGUCCGAGAGCACCAUGACUCCCUUUGUUUCCAACAGAACCACUCUCUUCACAAGGUACACCCCUGAAGAUUGGUACAGGUCCAACCUAACCAACUACCAAGAGUCUAACACUUCCCGGCACAAUUCAGAGAGACUAAGAGUGGAUACGUCUUGCCUGAUUCAAGACAAAUAUCAACAAAUAAGAAAGACCCAGGCAAACACCACCCACAAUCUGGGAGAACGUGUCAGUGACAUAGGGUUCUGGAAAUCUGAGCUCAUUCAUGAGUUGGAUGAAAUGAUUGGGGAGACGAACGCACUUACCGAUGUUAAGAAACGGUUAGAGAGGGCUCUGAUGGAGACGGAAGCCCCUCUUCAGGUCGCCCGAGAAUGUCUAUUUCAUAGAGAGAAGAGAAUGGGAAUCGAUUUAGUUCACGAUGAAGUUGAAAAAGAACUGCUGACGGAAGUUGACGCCAUUCUGUGUUGUCAAGAAAAAAUGAGGCUACACUUGGAUAAGGCUAUUGCCCAACUUGCAGCCAACAGAGCUGCCCAGCAUGAGCUGGAGAAGGACCUGAGUGACAAGCAGACGGCCUAUCGGAUCGAUGAGAAAUGCCACCACCUACGAAACACCUCGGAUGGCGUCAGCUUCUUCCGUGGGGUGGAGAGGGUCGAUGCGACGUAAGUCAGCACGCACCACGUCUGUGGCUUGGGUGUUGUUUAACUCUUUCUCUCUCCUUUCAAGAGGACGCAGCUUACAGAUUAAACCAGAAAGCGCAGUAGACAUGAGAAGGUGAGAUACGCCCAGCUGAGGAAUGACAUUGAAAACCUCCUGGUUGUGACUGCUAACGAGAUGUGGAAUCAGUUCAACAAAGUGAACUUGUCUUUCACCAAUCGCAUCGCCGAGACUACAGACGCUAAAAAUAAGAUUCAGGUUCACUUAGCCAAGACCCUGAACGAGAUUUUCCAGACUGAAAUGACCAUAGAAUCCAUCAAGAAGGCCAUCAAAGAUAAGACUGCCUUCCUGAAGGUGGCUCAGACCAGGCUGGACGAGCGUACGAGGAGGCCAAACAUAGAGCUCUGCAGAGACAUGGCCCAACUGCGCCUUGUUAACGAGGUGUACGAGGUGGACGACACCAUCCAGACCCUGCAGCAGCGCCUGAGGGACGCGGAGGACAGCCUGCAGCAGUUGGUACACAACAAGGCCACCCUGGAGCACGAGCUGGCCAUCAAGGCCAACACCCUGUACAUCGACCAGGAGAAGUGCAUGAGCAUGCGGAGGAGCUUCCCCACCACCCUGCGGCUGGUGGGCUACUGCUAG